UUGCCAAGGGUUACAAGAGGCUUCUGGCCACUGAAAUUCCAAGCAGGAGAAUGGGCCAAUGCACAAGUCACUCUAUGAAGAAAGGAGAGUUAGAAGAAUACCAGGUGUUGACAUUUCUCACCAAAGGAGAAAUACUUCGGAUCCAUGAAACUUUUUGUAGUUCAUGCCCCCAAGGAAAAGAUUACCGGAAAGAAAAACUCACAGCGGAGCAGGUGUGUAGCUGGCCACAGCUGAAGAUGAAUCCAUUCAGGGACAGGAUCUGCAAGGUCUUCUCCACAGAUGGCUACUUUACAUUUGAGGACAUCCUUGGGAUGGCAUCUGUCUUCAGUUACCUAGCAUGUCCCACCCUUAAGGUUGAAUACGCUUUUCGGAUUUAUGAUUUCAACAAUGAUGGUUUUAUUGAUGAGGAAGAUCUUCAAAAUGUCAUCCGCAGAUUAAUCAACAAGAAUAACCUCAGUGAGGAAGAAAUUGUGUCUCUGGCGAACCAUAUUUUGGAGGAAGCUGACUUGGAUAAUGACAGAAUGCUCUCUCUAGCAGAAUUUGAACACGCUAUGAUAAAGUCUCCAGACUUCCUACAAUCCUUCAAGAUCUACUUCUGAGAGACAAGAAUGUGACAACAUGAGAGAUUCAGGACCUUGCAACUGGAUGUGCACAAGAUAACAAAUGUUAACACUAAAAACUGCCAUGAAAGAUCAGAUAGCAAAUCAGUCCAUGUAUUUUUGCAAAUAAUAUGCAAAUAAACAAUGAUUCUGAGAAGAGGAAGAAAGAAGUCAUUUAUCUAAGUUUGUCUUUUUUUCCAUCCAGUGCAGUUAUAGAGAAUGACAUUUUCAUAGCAACGAUAAGCACUUUUUGUACAAGAAGAGAGGGAGAAUUUGGCUAUACAAUGCACUUAAUUUUCUCUAUAAUAAAUUCCUCUAUACUAAAAAGGAAA